AUGCAGAACUGGCUGACUUCCUCCAAAUUCACUAAGCUCGCACUCCCAGUGCUGGCUCUCGCCGCUACCCUUUUCAUCGCGGCGUGCUCCCCCGGACAUCCGCAAUCGACUUUCGGAUAUGCUGGCCCGGUUGCUCGUGAUCAAGGCGACCUCUUCCUCCUGAUCUUCUGGAUCGCAGUCGCCGUUUUCAUCGUCGUCGAAGGCGGAAUCAUCUACAUCGCAAUCCGAUACCGACGCCGCGACGACAAGAUACCCAAGCAGGUCCACGGCAACACCAAGCUCGAAAUCACCUGGACCGUCAUCCCGUCAUUGGUCGUCGCCGCCAUCGCAGUACCCACUAUCAUCGGCAUCUGGGAACAGCAACGCGGCGCACCUACCGAUAUGGGUGAUGUGCUGGAAGUGGAAGCCAUCGGCCACCGGUGGCCGGUUAACGUAAAACUCGCAUCCCAAGACGUCAUCCACAGCUUCUGGGUACCCAAACUGGCCGGCAAGGUCGACAUGGUGCCGUUGAACGACAACCUAGUGUGGUUCAUAGCUGAUGAACCAGGGAUCUACGAUGGGCAAUGCGCCGAAUUCUGCGGUAUCGCCCACGCUCAUAUGCGGUUCCGCGUUGUCGCCCACGAGGAAGAGGGAUUCCAAGAAUUCGACAUCAAGAUCGGCACGUCCAUGCAAGCUCACGCCGCCGCCUAUCAGGAGCGCGAAGACAACAAGAUCAACCUCUCGAACCAAGAGGUCGAAAACAUCGCCGAUUACCUGCUUGCCCUCGAACCUGGCGAUAUCUCCCAACUCGUCGCGCCCGCGAUCACCGGCGGAACCCCUGAAGAACGAGGCGAACAACUCUUCAUUUCCAUCGGUUGCAACGCCUGCCACUCGCUCGACGCAGACACUACGAUAGUCGGCCCGAGCCUCAUUGGCAUCGCCGACCGUGCCGGCACCCGCACAUCGCUGUCCGCCGACGAUUACAUGCGGCAAUCCAUUAACGAUCCCGGCGCAUUCCUCGUCGAUGGAUUCACCAACGCCAUGGUCGUCCCCAAAAUCCCGCCGAAUCAAGUCGAUGACCUGAUUGCCUAUAUCUCAACACUCGAAUAG